GCCCCAUCGUCCCUGCAGCCUCGCGGGCUGCUGGGCUUUGUGGUUCGCCCGUGCCGCUGGGCCCCUGCUGGGGGUGUCGUCAGGAGCAUGUGCAGACAGCAGCCCAAGCCUUCAGGAUAAUUCCUUCGGCAGCGCUGCUGUAACUGAGUGUGACGAAGACAGAGUCUCUUUACAUGAAGACGAGGACGCUUGCUCCGGGCUCAGAGAUGAAAACAAUAAAGAGAACUACCCACAGGCGGGGGCUCGAAUAGAUGAGCUUGUUCCGCCCUCCCAUGAGGCCCAGCGGCAUGUAGAACAGACCCUGCUGGUGGAUGGAGUGCUGAGACCCACUAUGGGCAACUUCAAGUCCCGAAAGCCCAAGUCUAUCCUCAGAACCGAGAGCGGCCGUAACCAUGGAGAAAGCCAGGAGACAGAGCACGUGGUGCCCAGCCAAUCAGAGUGCCAGGGUAGAGUGGGAACACCAGCUCACGAGAGUCCCCAAAACAGCAUCUUCAGGUGCCAGGAAACAGUGCUACUUCAACCAAGAAUAGACCAGAGGGCUGCCAUUUGGCCAAAGGAUGCUUUUGGAACUCAACAAGACUUACAGGAGAAUUCCUUCCUGAAGCUCCAAGCCCUUGAGUCUGAUCUGUGCUCUGCGUUUCUGACGAACCAAGAAGAAGAUGGCCAGGUGCACGGAGUUAAGGACCCGGCCCCAGCUUCCACCCAGAGCGUGCCCGCCGAUGGCGUGGAUUCUGCAGACCCUGUGCCAGCUCAUAAAGAUGCACAGAGUGAUGCCGACGGUACAGCGGAAGCCCCCCAGUCUGCAGGCACAAGCAGGCUGCUCUAUCACAUCACCGAUGGUGACAAUCCGCUGCUGUCGCCACGAUGCUCCAUCUUCAGCCAAAGUCAGCGCUUCAACUUGGACCCCGAGUCAGCCCCGUCUCCACCCAGCAGCCAGCAGUUUAUGAUGCCACGAAGCUCUUCUCGCUGCAGUGGUGGGGAUGGCAAGGAGCCACAGACUAUCACACAGCUCACUAAGCACAUCCAAAGCCUCAAGAGGAAAAUUCGGAAGUUUGAAGAAAAAUUUGAACAAGAAAAGAAAUAUCGGCCAUCACACGGUGACAAGACUUCAAACCCUGAAGUUCUGAAAUGGAUGAAUGAUUUGGCUAAAGGUCGAAAACAGCUCAAAGAACUAAAGCUGAAACUGUCAGAAGAGCAAGGGAGUACUCCCAAAGGCCCUCGGAGAAACCUGUCCACUGAACAGCCUCAGGUCCCCAGAGAAAAUGGCAAGUUGGAAGCUGUGGGUCCCGAGCCAAGCUCCUCUGGAGAGGAGACUUCAGAUGCUGUGAUGCUGGAGAAAAGAGAACAGAUUCCUCCCCAGGAUGACGUGAAGGUAGCUAAGCAAGACAAGAACCUUAUAAAACCUCUUUAUGACCGAUGCAGAAUUAUCAAGCAAAUUUUGUCAACACCAUCCCUUAUCCCUACAAUUCAGGAGGAAGAGGACUCUGAUGAAGACUGUCCACAGAGAAGCCAACAACCUUCUUUACCAGCUCCAGUGUCCCGCCUUCCUGUCAGUGAUCACCUCACCUAUCCUGAGACAGAGCCUAUAAGGACCCUGCUACCAGAUGAAAAGAAAGAAGGGAAGCAACCAGCUCUCUCCAUGUCCAACUUACACGAGGCCACCAUGCCAGUCCUUCUUGACCAUCUCCGAGAAACUAGGGCUGAUAAGAAGAGGCUACGGAAAGCCCUGCGAGAAUUUGAAGAACAAUUUUUUAAACAGACGGGAAGAAGCCCACAGAAGGAAGACAGGAUGCCAAUGGCAGACGAGUACUAUGAAUACAAGCACAUAAAAGCCAAACUGAGACUAUUAGAGGUCCUCAUCAGCAAGCAGGAUGUGGCCAAAACUAUUUGAAGUUCAGCUCUGAUCACUUCCACCUAGGAUAAAGUCAAGUUUAUUUUCCUCGACUGUUCUUACUAAGUAGUUUUGAUUAACUGAAAAUGGAAGCACUUUAGAGAUAGUAUUAGCUGUUUUUGUUUGUUUGUUUUAUGAAGGAUGAGCUCUUAUAAUUAUACACAAUAAGGCAUUUGAAUAUGGAAACAAUAGAUAAUACUGGGGUCGUCAAAAACAUUCAGCCUCCACGCUAGACUGAAAUCCAUUGUCAAAUACAAUUAUUUAAAAAAAACAGCUGAUAUCUUGUCAAACCUAAAAUAACACAUAGGCAGACUACCUACUUGGGAAAGUUUAUUAGUGCCCCAAAACUGAUUUUACUGAUGUUUGGAAAAGGUGUAGUUUAAAUAAAUUGGUGAGUCAAGGAAAAAUUCUGUUCAUCAUCCAAGGAGGAAAACAGCUAGAAAGGUAAUUUGAGACAACAUCCACACUCUUGUCGUGUACGUCUGUAUGUGUUCAGCACUCUAAAACACACUCAACUGUGUCACUGAGAAUUUCCUAUUAUCUAUUUUAAAAUAGUGCAUUAUUUUAGCUGUUAUUUGAAAAUUUACAUUUCUGGUUACCAAAGUUCGUUUGAAUGGCAUGUGCUUUGUGAGUUAUCUUUGUCUAUAAUUGACAAAUGUUUAUAUUAAAAUAAAAUAUUAAAAUAGGUAUUUUGGAUAGACGUGUCUGCAGUAAUAACCUAAUGUGACUAUAGUAUUAUUGCUGAUUUUCUUGUUUCCUAUAUUAAGAUUAUAUAACUAUUUUUCCAUUGGGAAUAUGCAUCUUUCUUAAUGUUCCAAGGUCUGUACUUUAUAAAGUGAAAUAGCUUUCUUGUGAGCUGCAUUCAUUCUGUACAGGGCAAAAAGCUUGGAAAUCACCAAGAAACCUUUUAUUUGCUUUAUUUAGUGUAUCUUGCUUUUUCUCCAUUCAUUUAAAAACACAUUUAUUGGUCUUGGUUUUUGUAAAAUCAAGUAACAGACAUUUUCUCAUUAUCAACUUUGUUCAUAUUUCUGUUUUCUGUAAUGUUUAAGUAUGGUGUUGGAGAAAU